AUGGAGCUGCUGUGCGUGGAAACCGUCCCUCGUGUCCCCCGCGCCGGGCACGACCCGCAGCUCCUGGGGGACCGGCGGGUGCUGCAGAAUCUGCUGAGCCAGGAGGAACGCUACAGCCCCAGCGUCUCCUACUUCCAGUGCGUGCAGCGGGAGGUCAAGCCCUACAUGCGGAAGAUGUUGGCUUUCUGGAUGCUGGAGGUGUGUGAGGAGCAGAAGUGUGAGGAGGAAGUCUUCCCCUUGGCCAUGAACUAUGUGGAUCGCUACCUGUCGACGGUGCCCGUGAGGAAGAACCACCUGCAGCUGCUGGGGGCAGUCUGCAUGCUGCUGGCUUCCAAGCUGAGGGAAACCAUGCCCCUGACCGUGGAGAAGCUCUGCAUUUACACAGACAACUCCAUCACACCUCAGCAGCUCCUGGCUUGGGAGGUUCUGGUGCUGGAGAAGCUGAAGUGGGACCUGGUCUCAGUGAUAGCAAAUGAUUUCUUGGCUCACAUCCUCCAUCACCUCCCACUGCCCAAGGACAAGCUGGAGCUGGUGAAGAAGCAUGCCCAGACCUUCAUCGCCCUGUGUGCCACAGACUACACCUUUGCCCUGUACCCCCCCUCCAUGAUCGCCACAGGCAGCAUCGGAGCCGCGAUCCACGGCCUGGCGGUGCCUGCGAACGGCUGCGGCGGGGAGGCCACCACCGAGCUGCUGGCCAGCAUCACUGGCACCGAGGUGGACUGCCUGAAAGCUUGUCAGGAGCAGAUUGAGGCAGCCUUAGCCGAGAGCCUGAAGCAGGCAUCCCAAAGCCACCAGGAGUUUCGCACCAAGACUGCUGCUUACCCAGGCAGCCAGCCCACCUGCACACCCACAGACGUCACUGAUGUCAACCUGUGA